UAGACUGAUAUCCCACAAUGCACUGAUCUGUCACUCGCAUGUGUAAAUAUAGCGGAACAGUUCCAAGUUUGGAAACUUUUUCUGAUGCAUGCAGCCAUUUGCAUGAUGAUCUCUCAAUUUAAAACAGAAAACAGUCUCCAAACGACGAUUAUUUAUUGUUAAAAAAUCGGUAUUGACCCGUGGUGUGGUUCUCGUGGGCGCAAAGUUGAAGAGGAAGUGAAGUUUUUCAAUGAAUCAAAUCCAAGAUGGCUUCCACUAACGUUAGUUUGGACGACAUAGACUUGUCGAGUUUGAGGGACCCAGCAGGAAUAUUUGAUCUGAUUGAAGUUGUUGGAAAUGGAACUUAUGGCCAAGUAUACAAGGGGAGGCACACAAAGACGGGACAGCUGGCAGCCAUUAAAGUGAUGAAUGUCACCGAGGAUGAAGAAGAGGAAAUUAAACUAGAAAUAAAUGUCCUCAAGAAGUUUUCUAACCACAGAAACAUUGCCACGUAUUAUGGAGCAUUUAUCAAGAAAAGUCCUCCAGGAAAAGAUGAUCAAUUAUGGCUGGUUAUGGAGUUCUGUGGAGCGGGUUCAGUGACAGAUCUGGUCAAAGCCACAAAAGGAAGCAGUUUAAAGGAAGAAUGGAUUGCGUAUAUUGGCAGAGAGAUGUUACGGGGUCUUGCACAUUUACACAGCAAUAAAGUAAUACACAGAGACAUCAAAGGACAAAACGUUUUACUGACUGACAAUGCUGAAGUCAAACUAGUUGAUUUUGGAGUCAGUGCCCAGUUAGAUAAAACCAUUGGCAGAAGGAACACCUUUAUAGGGACACCCUACUGGAUGGCCCCUGAGGUGAUUGCUUGUGAUGAGAACCCAGAUGCUACGUAUGACAACAGGAGUGACCUUUGGUCUCUAGGUAUAACAGCAAUAGAGAUGGCAGAGGGAAAACCACCGCUGUGUGAUAUGCAUCCCAUGAGGGCUCUCUUCCUCAUUCCCAGGAACGCUCCACCGAGAUUAAAAUCAAACAAAUGGUCCUCAAGAUUCUCAAAUUUUGUUGAGACUUGUUUACUGAAGGAUUACAUGCAUCGGCCAAAUACAGAAACAUUACUUAAACAUCCAUUCAUAAAGGACCAACCCACGGAGCGACAGGUCCGAAUUCAGCUAAAGGACCACAUAGACAGGCACCGCAAAAAGAGACCGGAUGACGAGGACAACAUGACGGAGUGGGUACCCAGUGAUGUGGAGGAGGAGGAGGAAACAAACAUGGCCGGUGAACCAAGCACGGCGAGACGUAGAGAUAGCAAGCCGGAUCCUAACAGACCAGUCUCCAUCCUCCAGAUCCCAGGGGAAUCCACACUGAAAAGAAACUUUCAGUUGAUUCAACAGCGUGAAGGUCACCCCCAGAACUCCCGCCCCGUACCCGUCCAGCAGCAAGGUCGACAGGGUCAAAGGCCAUCAAGUUCUAAACAGGGAUGGCCUGGUCCCUACCAACCUCCACAAGGUCCAGGGAGACAGCAGCAGAUAUCCAGACCACCACAGUCCAUAGUGGAGGAAGAAUCCGAGGACGUGAACCGAGACCCGGAGGCCGAGGACAAUAGUGAGUCCGGGUCAGAGGAUGAAAACUCAGAGCAAAGACCCUCAAGUAAAGCCCAAAAACCAGAGGACCUCGAUAAGUAUGCCAAACAGCUGAUAGACAUGUUUCCUGAGGAGGAGAAGGGCUCCUCAGAUGAGGAGGAGGAAGAAGUGGAAGAGGAGGUGACAAGGGACGGAACUCUUCUUGCCUCAGAACCGGCCAGACCUCUAAAAAGAACUGCUAUACCUACUGGAGGUUUUAACCAUGACACAUUAGAAACCCUGUCUUCCAUGGUCAUUCACACAGACAUUUCACCAUCACACUCCAACCAAAGCCCUGCCAACAAAGUCAGUGAGAACUCGCGUAACCGUGACAAUGAUGACGGAACCCUGGUCGUCCGAAGGAAUAAAUCAGAGAAUGUUCUUGGAGAUAAAGCACAGAGGCCCAAGCUUGGAAAGGCAAACUCCAACCCAGUGGGAAACCUAGGUCAUUCAAGUGUGCUUCCACAACCACGACACAGUGCAAGUAGUGGAGUACUUCCAGAUCUUCUUCCCCCACACACCCCACCCCAGUCACGUUCAGGCCUCACCCCCCAGAGGCCCCAGGACAAGACCACAUCAGAUGAGUAUCGUCAGGCGGUCAGUAAUACUUCUGAGGGUGGGGGAUUGAGACACCAGCCUAUGUCUUUCUCGGCCUUUGGAUUCGGUGCUUCUGAGGGUUCAACCUUAACCUCCCAGUCAUCUCGCCGCGGCUCACAGAUUAAUGUCAAUGUGGCGCCAUCACAACCCAUGACUGAAGCUCUGAGUGACACUCCAGAAAUCCGAAAAUACAAGAAAAAAUUCUCCUCAGACAUCUUGUGUGCUGCAUUAUGGGGGGUGAACUUACUCAUUGGCACAGAAAAUGGUUUAAUGCUAUUGGACAGAAGUGGUCAGGGAAAAGUUUAUACGUUGAUCUCACGUCGGAGGUUCCAGCAGAUGGAAGUGUUGGAGGGACAGAACAUUCUGGUCACGAUCUCCGGCAAGAAAAAUAAAAUACGAGUCUACUACCUGUCAUGGCUGAACAAUAAAAUCUUCAAAAAGGAAGCAAAUGACAGAAGAAAUGGCUGGGUAAAUGUCGGAGAACUGGAGGGAUGUGUCCAUUUCAAAAUAGUGAAGUAUGAGAAGAUUAAGUUCCUUGUGAUAGCCCUACAGGAGAGUAUAGAGAUCUACGCCUGGGCCCCCAAACCUUACCACAAAUUCAUGGCUUUUAAGUCUUUCACUGAUCUAGUCCACAAACCAUUGAUUGUUGACCUUACAGUAGAAGAAGGUCAAAGGUUAAAGGUUCUUUAUGGUUCCCGUAGUGGUUUCCAUGGCAUUGAUGUGGAUGAAAUGCUGGCGUAUGACCUGUACAUUCCCACACAUUUUCGCAGUCACCCCCAGUCCCCGCCCCAAUCGGGUAUUUCCUCAUUUUACGCCCACCAGACUCAAGGCCCCAUCCUGCCACACACUAUCGUUAUUUUACCUGACACCAACGGAAUGGAGCUCCUCUGCUGUUACGAUAAUGAGGGAGUUUAUGUGAACUCCAGCGGCAGAGUCACUAAGAAUGUCAUUGUACAAUGGGGAGAAAUGCCCACAUCUGUUGCCUACAUCAGCACUGGUCAGCUGAUGGGGUGGGGAAACAAAGCCAUCGAGAUACGAGCAGCCGAGACUGGACACCUAGAUGGAGUGUUUAUGCACAAGAAAGCUCAGAAACUCAAGUUCCUGUGUGAGAGAAAUGAUAAAGUCUUUUUUUCAUCAAUGAGGUCGGGCUCAAGCUGCCAGAUUUAUUUCAUGACUCUGAACAAACCAGGACUGGCCAACUGGUGAAACUGUUACCAUGGAGAUAUUUAAAUUUCUCAGGGUAUCGAGAAAUACACCAAUGGGAAAGGAGCUAGGGUUACCAUGGCAACAUAAAUAUGUUAUGAGUAACAGUUACACAAUUGUAAUUAUGGACUAUUAGAAAAUUUGGAAAUUGAUGAGGCUAUGUUUAGAUCU